AAAACGGGUCGAAUUAACCCGAACCCAAACCGUACCCGAUAUUUCACCUCGUCGUCAUCAAGAAAGCACUCGCUCUCUCUUUCUCUAAACCUGUGUUCCUGAGCUCCGCUCGCUGUGGAUUUCCUAAACCCUAGCUCGAUUCUAAGAAACAAAACCAUUCAAAAUUCAGCAAUCAGGUUCAGGGAGUGACUUGCCCCCUGGCGGGGAGGUUGCUCCUUUCCCUGUUGUCCGGAGGGUGAAUUCCUCCCUUGCUAUCGCAAUGGAUGACGAUGUGGAGAAUGGAAUCGUGGGCUCAUACCAAGACCAACCCAGGACAUUUCCCAACAUGCAGAGUAAAGCACAAGUCCCUCAGAUCCUUCGGGUGUUCAUGAGAAUAGAUGUUCGUAUUUUGUUUGUCCUUCUUCUUUUGGCAUUUGGAGCUGUGAUUUACAUUGGAGCUAGGACUUCCCCAAUUGUUUUGUUUGUCUUCUCCAUCUGUGUGCUCAGCUUCUUCUUUUCAAUAUAUCUGACAAAGUGGGUUCUUGCAAAAGACGAGGGGCCUCCCGAAAUGGUCCAGAUAUCGGAGGCAAUAAGGGAUGGAGCAGAAGGUUUUUUCCAGACUCAAUACGGAACAAUUUCCAAGAUGACUAUAAUACUGGCGCUUGUCAUCCUUAGCAUUUAUCUCUUCCGUAGCUCAACUCCGCAACAGGAAUCAUCCGGUUUGGGAAGGUCAACAUCUGCGUAUGUUACAGUUGCUGCUUUUCUCCUUGGGGCUCUAUGUUCUGGGGUUGCUGGAUAUGUUGGAAUGUGGGUAUCUGUCCGUGCAAAUGUUCGCGUCUCUAGUGCUGCUAGGCGUUCUGCUAGGGAGGCUCUGCAGGUUGCUGUUCGGGCUGGUGGUCUUUCAGCCAUUAUUGUUGUCGGCAUGGCUGUAAUUGGUGUGACCUUCCUAUAUGCUACAUUUUAUGUCUGUUUUGGAGUAGGCUCACAUGGUACGAUGAAGGUCACAGACUUGCCUCUUCUCCUCGUAGGAUAUGGUUUUGGUGCCUCGUUUGUUGCUCUUUUUGCUCAGCUUGGUGGUGGAAUUUAUACAAAAGCAGCAGAUGUAGGAGCCGAUCUGGUUGGGAAAGUAGAACAGGGAAUACCUGAAGAUGAUCCUAGAAAUCCUGCUGUGAUUGCAGACCUGGUUGGUGACAAUGUUGGUGAUUGUGCUGCUCGAGGUGCUGAUCUUUUUGAGAGUAUAGCUGCAGAAAUAAUUAGUGCUAUGAUACUUGGAGGCUCUAUGGCUCAGCGCUGUAAAAUUGAAGAUCCUUCCGGGUUUAUCCUAUUUCCUCUUGUUGUCCACUCUUUUGACUUAGUGGUAUCAUCUGUGGGCAUACUCUCAAUCAGGGGAACACGUGACACUGGAGCUAAGGUUCCUAUAGAAGACCCCAUGGUGAUACUCCAGAAAGGCUAUUCAGUUACAAUAGUCUUAGCUGUUGUAACUUUCGGCCUGUCAACUCGAUGGUUACUUUACACUGAACAAGCUCCUACAGCAUGGUUGAACUUUGCCUUAUGCGGCUUGGUAGGAAUCAUUACAGCAUACUUGUUUGUCUGGAUCACCAAGUAUUACACAGAUUAUAAGCACGAGCCUGUCCGUCUGCUAGCUCUUUCAAGUUCUACAGGACAUGGAACUAAUAUUAUUGCAGGCAUAAGCUUAGGUUUGGAGUCAACAGCUCUGCCUGUUCUUGUGAUUAGUGUAGCGAUCAUCUCAGCUUUCUGGCUGGGACGUACCUCAGGCCUGGUGGAUGAAACUGGGAGUCCUACUGGUGGUCUAUUUGGAACAGCUGUAGCAACAAUGGGGAUGCUCAGUACAGCAGCUUAUGUGCUCACUAUGGAUAUGUUUGGACCAAUAGCUGACAAUGCAGGUGGAAUUGUUGAGAUGAGUCAGCAGCCUGAAAGUGUUCGGGAAAUCACAGAUGUCCUGGAUGCUGUUGGUAACACAACAAAAGCUACUACUAAAGGAUUUGCUAUUGGCUCUGCAGCCCUUGCUUCUUUUCUCCUUUUUAGUGCUUAUAUGGAUGAAGUGGCUUCAUUUGCUCAACUCCCUUUUAAAGAGGUUGACAUAGCGAUCCCAGAGAUUUUUGUUGGAGGGCUGCUGGGUUCUAUGCUUAUUUUUUUGUUUAGUGCUUGGGCUUGUUCGGCUGUUGGCAGAACUGCUCAGGAAGUUGUCAAUGAAGUUAGGAGACAGUUUAUUGAGAGGCCAGGUAUAAUGGAUUACAAAGAGAAACCAGAUUAUGGUCGUUGUGUCUCCAUAGUGGCAUCUGCAUCCUUGCGAGAAAUGAUAAAACCUGGUGCUUUAGCAAUUAUUUCGCCAAUUUUAAUCGGAUUCCUUUUCCGGUUAUUGGGUCAAGCCACAGGCCAACAACUUCUUGGAGCCAAAGUUGUGGCAUCAAUGCUAAUGUUUGCUACAGUUACUGGCAUCCUUAUGGCCCUCUUCCUAAAUACUUCUGGAGGAGCCUGGGAUAAUGCUAAAAAGUACAUUGAAACUGGUGCUCUGGGAGGCAAAGGAAGUGAGUGCCAUAAAGCAGCAGUAACCGGAGAUACGGUUGGAGAUCCAUUCAAAGACACAGCAGGGCCUUCCCUCCAUGUUCUUAUAAAGAUGCUCGCCACCAUUACGCUGGUCAUGGCUCCCAUCUUUCUGUGAAAAAUCUAUUGUAUAUGUUUGAUCUUGACUGAACCAGAAGUAUACGUCCAUAUACCUGUUACUUGUAAAUGCAAGUUUCUUAGUGGCGGUAGUUACAUGUGGAGUGAUUGUUGCUGGAUUUUUGUGUCCCGAGGAGAUUCAGUUCGGCGUGACCCCUUCUCUCGAGUGAUGUAAUCAUUAGAUCUUUCCGGGAAAAAAAUGAGUACUGAUUGUACAUAUAAAUGAAUCAAUUGGAGAAUGCAGAAGGUUUUGGCAUAUGCUCUCUUGUAUA